AUGCGACUGGCCGUUCUGUUUCUAUGUCUUCUAGUGGUCAUAAUUUUCGCUCGAAGAGAUGCGAAUCAAAAACUGAAAGCGUGCUGUGCAAGACAGAAGACUGCUGAUAAAAUGUGCAAGAAAAGAUUCUGUGAUUUCGAAGCGAUUCAUCAAGGAAAUAUGCUUCACUAUCUGAAUACUUGUGGACCGAAGAAUCAAACAGUUCAAUUAAUGUGGGAUUGUGCAUCGUCAAGAGCUGAUCAUACUGAAUGUUGCAAAAAGAACAAUGUUCUUCCGGCGUGUCUUCCGUAUUGUGCAGCUCAGGGAACAGUUCCAAACGAGCAUGUAACUCACGUCUUCUGCAUGCAAAACUUCAAUAAUAUCAGAGAAUGUUUCCGUUCUCAUCUCGACAAGAGACCAAAUAUUUUUGGAGAUAAUUGA